AUGAAUAUAUUGAGAAAAGGCAACACUUUAUGUGUCUUUUCUCAUGUGAUUGGGCUCAAACGAAUAGAGGAAGAACACCCUCACACAAAUAGAAAUGCGUCAAAAGACAAAUUAAAAAUAGAAGAGGCUUUGAUGAAAUAUAUUAGUGCAGAAGUACAAGCAGAUGCUCAAGCAAAAUUCAAUGCACUAAUAUUCCAACCUAAAUAUGUUACAUUACUUGAAGCACAACUAUUUGAAGCUCAAUUUUAUAAAAUGAGAGAAGAUGCAGCAAUCAACCAAUUUUUUGAAGGAGGAGGAGCACCAAAAUCGUUCACAACAGCUUUUGAUGCAAUCAAACGAUAUAAACCAUCUACACCAAAACAAUUUAACCCAAAGAAACGCGAAUAUAAUCAAUAUGAAAAAUAUACAGAAGAAAUCUGCAAACAAACUCAAGAACUUAAAUUACUUGAAAAACUCUACAAGAAAUUUGGAAACAAAGAAGUUCAUAACUUUGAACAAGAUAAUGAAUAUAUUCAAUACUUGAAAUUAUAUGAAAAACACCAAGAACUAUUUCACUUCGAAAAAGAACCUUCUGAAA